AUGGGGAUGGAUGAAGAGGAGAUGACGCUGUCAGCGUUGCUGUCCUGUAGCCUGGUGCCCAUCACUGCAGCAGCGGUCGGAAUCUACAAAGGACAUUGCUUCCGAAUCAACCACUUCCCUGAAGACAAUGACUAUGACCAUGACAGCUCAGAAUACCUUCUCCGCAUUGUCCGUGCCUCCAGUGUGUUCCCCAUCCUAAGCACAAUAUUGCUGUUGCUGGGAGGACUCUGUGUCGGAGCAGGAAGGAUUUACAACAGCAAAAACAACAUUAUUCUCAGCGCUGGGAUUCUCUUUGUUGCAGCAGGACUAAGUAAUAUCAUAGGGAUCAUUGUCUACAUAUCAAGCAAUGCAGGUGACCCAAGUGACAAGCGAGAUGAGGACAAAAAGAACCAUUACAACUAUGGUUGGUCUUUUUAUUUUGGAGCCUUGUCUUUUAUUGUGGCCGAAACCAUAGGUGUUCUGGCUGUGAACAUAUAUAUUGAGAAGAACAAAGAGCUGAGGUUUAAGACCAAGAGAGAAUUCCUUAAGACUUCUUCCAGUUCUCCUUAUGCCAGGAUGCCAAGUUAUAGGUACAGGAGGCGGAGGUCCAGAUCCAGUUCUCGAUCUACAGAGCCUUCUCCAUCUAGAGACAUUUCUCCAGUUGGCAUGAAGAUAGCAAGCACCAUCCCCAUGAACGAAAUUUCCAUGUACACUCUUUACAGAGAGCCUUUGAAGGUUACAACGGCUGCCAGCUACAACGCAGACCAAGAAGCCAGUUUUCUGCAGGUUCACAACUUCCUUCAGAAGGAAUUUAAGGAAGGACUCCAUGUCAACAUGGUCAACAGGAGAACGACACCUGUUUGA